GUAGUGGAAGAUGACAGGCCAAUUACUCAUUUAAGAAAAGCAAAUUAUCACCAAAAAAAAGAAUUACAAACCCUAAUCCAAGAAGUUAGCGAGGUUUUAAAAUUUUAUUUUCUCGUUGUGAUGGAUAAGAGGGAUCUAGAAAGAGAGUUUCACAUGACAGGAGGAGUUGGGAAAACUAGUUAUGCAAGAAACUCUUCCUUACAGAAGAAAGCAUCUGAUGACGCCAAACACAUCACGCUAGAGAUACUGCAACAGCUCUACAAAGAGACAAAACCCAAGAGUUUAGUAAUAGCUGACCUGGGAUGUUCUUCAGGACCAAACACUCUCUCCACCAUUAGAGACAUCAUCAAAGCCGUCAUAUCUGCUCACCGCCGCGAGAUCCCAAGCCAGCCCUUACCAGAACUCAACUUCUUCCUUAACGAUCUCCCAGGGAAUGACUUCAACUCCAUAUUCAAGACCUUGCCUGACUUUCACUUAGAGCUCAAGAGAGAUACCAACGAUGAUGAAUCCCCUUCAGUUUUCAUUGCAGCCUACCCUGGAUCAUUCUAUGGAAGGCUCUUCCCUGAAAAGACCGUCCACUUUAUUUAUGCCUCUUACAGCUUACACUGGCUUUCCAAGGUUCCUCCAGCUUUGUAUGAUGAUCAAGGCAAGUCCAUAAACAAAGGUUGUGUUAACAUCUGCUCCUCGAGCCCUGAAGCCGUUUCCAAAGCUUACUACAGUCAAUUCAAGGAAGAUUUCUCCAGCUUCCUAUGGUUUAGAUCAAAAGAGGUGGUUGCUGGAGGCAGAAUGGUGCUCAUAGUACUUGGAAGAAAAGGUCCAGAUCAUGUUGAUAGAGGAAACUCUUUCUUCUGGGAACUUCUCGCAAGAUCCUUAGCAGAUCUUGUUGCACAGGGAGAAACUGAGGAAGAGAAGCUCGAUUCUUACGAGAUGCACUUUUACGCUCCGAGUGCUGCUGAGAUAGAAGAUGAAGUGAACAAAGAAGGGUCUUUUGAAUUAGUGAAGUUAGAGAUGUUGGAAGUGGACAAGGAGAAAGGCAACGAGGAUGGUAUCAGUUACGGUAAGGCGGCUGCGAAGACGGUAAGAGCGGUUCAAGAGUCAAUGCUUUCACUACACUUCGGGGAAGAGAUUCUUGACAAGCUGUUUGAUACAUAUGGUAGAAUGGUUGACGAGGAGUUGGCUAAGGAAGACAUAAGACCCAUCACAUUUGUUGUUGUCCUAAGAAGGAAGCUCUCAAACAUAGAAAUGAAACCUACAUAUAUGUAGCAAAUAUUGAAUAUAAAAUCAUAUCAAACCCAUUGAAAUCAAUCUCAAUGAAACCUGUAAAUAUGUUUCAGUGUUUUAAACAUUUAUUGGGGUUUACAUUUUUGGAAUUUUCUAUUUUUUUUGUAAACUGAAGAAGAGAACCCCUCCUUGAGCUUCACGUAACCAAAUGUAGAUUCACUAUUCCAGACUUCCUCCUAAACGGCCCCCUAGCAGUCUAGAGACAUGUCUCAAUAGUCAAACCAAAACUGCUUGACCUUUUUUGCUUUGAAACUUUCUAAAAUUUACAAAAAAAAAAUUGAAAUAUACAAUUUUGUGUCCAACACUUGUGUUCUUAUAGGAAAUUUAAUUAUUCGAUGACUAAAAUAUACAAAUAUCAUCACAAAAUUAAAAGAUAUAAACUCAUUUGUAUUAAAAAAAAAUUUAAAAAAAUUAUUGAUUUUCAUUUUACAUAAAAUUCACCAUCUACUUGAAAUAAAUAACAGGCGUGUUAGUUCUGGCAUCCCACAUACCACCUUCCUUCAAAUACUCAAGAUACCUAGAAAACUCAGGCUUCCUAGUUGUAGACUUCUUCUUCUUUCCAUAUAAAAAGCUAAAGAUCGGGUGGCUGAACUUGCUUGUUGGUUUGACUUUCUUGGAUUUCUGACGAGGAAGCUCCUCAAGAAUGGUCGGAACACCACCAGCACCAAGCUUUAUAGAUGGAGCGUAGUAAGGAACACUCGAGGAUCUUCUUAGCUUUGCUCCGAGUAAACUGAAAGUUGAAUCAUCACUUACUCGCUCGUACCCUCCACGACGGCUUCUUGUCCUCGUGCUAAAGCUUCUUAGCAUUUGCAUCUCUUUUUAUUUCUUGAAAAUAGAAAAGUCAGCCAAUAAGAUGAUGUAAAGAAGAGAUGAUUUAGUUGCUGGUGUUGCAAUGAGGCAGAGUUUCAUUAGUGUGGCUAUAUAUGGGAGAUGUAAUGAAACUUUAUUGUUUUAUUAUUUUAUUUUGUUUGAAAGUUGAAACGGUCAGAGUUCGCUGCUAGUUCGUAAAGUCCAAAUAACUCUUAUGGUUUUUAAUUCUGAAAGAUAAUAUAAACUAAUAUGAAGGAAGGAUUCGUUGAGCUUAUUUGACUUUUCAAUGUUAUUCAAAUGCAAUCCUUGACCUCAUCAUCAUCCAGGAACUUCCACGAGACUCCGUUUAUACAACAUUAAAAUUAGAAUGCCUAAGUAGGUCAAAUAAAUGUUUUAACAUGUUUUUUUAUUAUUCAUAGUGAAAAAUAAAUGAAUAAUAUCUUGUUAAGAAAUCGUCUAAUGAUGUUGGAGAACAUGUUUUUAUUGUGAAUCAAAUAAAUGAAUAACAUUUUGUUAAGAAAUCAUCUAAUGAUGUUAGAUAACAUGUUUUUAUUGUUCAAAGUAAUCAAAUAAAUGAAUAACAUUUUGUUAAGAAAUCAUCUAAUGGUGUUAGAGAACAUGUUUUUAUUGUUCAAAGUAAUCAAAUAAAUGAAUAACAUUUUGUUAAGAAAUCAUCUAAUAAUGAUGUUAGAGAUUAUGUUUUGGGCAAUUGUCAAUAAUAGCACCUUUUGAAGUUUAUGUCCCAAAAAUAGCACUAGAAGGAGAAAGUCACAAAAAUAGGUUUCAUUAAAAGGGUAAUUUACCCUUAUACCCUUUGUUAUAAGAAUAAAAAAAAAACAUUUCAUUUCCUUCGAUCGCGAAACCUGUCGUCUCCUCUCCGGAAUCUUCAAACCCUCACCGGCACUGUCGUCUCCGACUCGGGAAUCGUCGUCUCUGGCUCGGGAAUCAUCUUCUCCGACUCGGGAAUCAUCUUCUCCGGCUCGCUAGUCAUCUUCUUCGGCUCGCUAAUCAUUUUCUUCGGCUCGCCAAUCAUCUUCUCCCGCUCGCUAAUCAUAUUCUCCGGCUCGCUAAUCAUCUUCUCCGGCUAUCUAAUCAUCAGCGUCACACUCUCUACUCUCAAAAUCGGACACAAAUCACUAUGUAGCUUUUUAAAAUUAGGGUUUUUGAAUUAAAAUUUGGGAAGCUUGCGUUUUGAUUUUGAUUUGUUUGUUACUCUUUCUUAUUAACCAGCGAAGCAAAUGAAAGACUUUUGAAUUGUGGGAACACAAAGUUGUUGGAGCAUAAUUCAUCUCUUUGAGGUAUGUUGCAGAUUCAACCUUCUGUGUGUUUGUACAAAUUUAUAAAAUAAAAGUUUGUUGUCUCUUGCUGCAUCUAUUGAAUGUUUUUAGAAGAUUUCCAGAAAGCAUUUGUUGCUGCAUCUAUUAAAUGUUGAAAAUUGAAACUCGGAUGGUAACACAUUUUGAAACUUUUUUGCUUGGAGUCUUGUUUUGAUUAGGAAUGUUGAUAUUUUUGAUAGGGUCUUGAAUUUGCUUAUGAGUCUUUUGUUGCUUGUGAAACUGUCUAGUGUUUAUAAGAAUUUCAGGAAGCAUUUGUUGUGUUAUUUCAGGAAAGCCUUCCAGAAAAGUUUGAAAUUUUUUUUUUCCUUGUUUACGCAGGAUAGAAACAAGAUGGGAGAUUCAGUACCUCUAAAACUAGCACUGCCAGAGCUGAAGUAUCCUAUUGGUUCACAGCCAAAGGAAAAGUCAGCAAUCAACCAAUACUCUGGUUCAGAUUAUAUCUCUAUUGUCAAAAGCAUCCUAAAACCAGAUGAGAUGAUAAGAGUCCGAGGAUCAUUUCUGGGACCUGUAAUGAAGCUCAGUGAGAGAGGAUUGAAGUUAUCAGCAAAGAUAGUCUACGCCAUUCUCACUAGAAGCAUCGUUUCUGUCAAGGAGAAUGAAGCCUGGUUCCAUUUCGGUGCGCAGCCAAUGAGGUUCUCUAUAAGAGAAUUUCAUAUGAUGACAGGCUUGAAAUGUAGUGGUGCAUUAGAAGGACCACGAAGGGAAACCGAGAGAUUUAAUUGGGAAUUGCUAAAGGGGCGUAGUCAUAAGUUAAGUGACGUGGUGGACCAGCUCAGAAACACAAGAGAAGAUGCUUCUGAGGAGAGAAUAUGCCUCGCAAUGCUCAUCCUGGUAGAGAGCAUAUUAUUGCGGAAGAGCAAAGGAGGGAGUUUUCCUUUGGAAUAUGCGAAAAAUGCACAGGAUAUGACAUAUCCAUGGGGAAAAGAGGCUUACAUUGUGCUCCUGAAGUCAAUUCAAAACGCUGUCGCGAAUCAUUUGGAGAAUAAAUCCAAAUUUGAGUUGCAAGGUUAUCCUCUAGUAUUCCUUCUUUGGAUACUAGAGUCGAUUCCUUUGCUAAGGGAUAAGUUCAGUAAGUGUGUACCAACAGUUGAGGUUCCUGGGCCGACUUACUUGUGUGAAAAAUACACUGAGGUAGAGAAUCCAUCACUUGAUAGGGUUUUACAGGUUGAAGCUGAUACAAAGGUAAGCUUUUCCAAGUAUAUGUUUCUCAGUUUA